AUGGUCAACUUGAUCGUAUUUGCUAUCCUCCUCGUAGGACUUGCUGAUCUCCCUUUGCACUGCACCAUUGAAGAUGUUCAAGGCUGGUGGCAGCUGUAUCUACUGGAAGGCCCUGUACCAAGCUGGAAUAGUAAGGGAGAGCAGGACAGCUUCUGUGGGUAUACUCCCAUCAAUAGCAACGAGGCCAACAUAGCCCGUGGCAAUCAGAUACAACAGCUUAUGGACGCAGCAGCGCUGAGUGGCCCCGAUGGACUAACGUCACACAGUAUAGAGAGGAUACUGAAUAUGACUCUGUCAUCGAGCCCUGUCGUCGACUUGAAUCUCUCAAUGGACCAGGAUGUCAGUGGUGAUGGUGUGCUUCGGGACCAUCAUCUGAAGGUAUUGGAUAUUAGCGGUGCAUACAGAGGCAGCUGGUCUGUCGGCUACGAUGAGGGUCUCGUGCUGAAGAACCUAGUCCUGAACAACAGCGCGGUGCCGCGGCACUUGGUGGCCUUCUUCCGCUAUCGCUGCCUCUCUGGGAGUAGCCAUUGUGGGGACUAUGCAGACUUUGAAGAUGAGUUCGGCACCACUCAGGGCUAUGAGUCGCUAUGUGGUCAGACUCUGAUAGGAUGGUGGAGCUCGCGUAGCGGAGCGAAGCAAGGAUGCUUUUGGAUGAGAAAGAAGAGUGAUGAGGAAGCGAAUAAAUGUGGCAGUCCUACCAGGGUCUAUGACACCGUCUGCAUUCAUAACCCUGAGGGGGAGAAGGCGGAAGGCUAG